ACGUAUAUAUAUAUAUAUAUAUAUAUAUAUCACAUAUAUUUAUUUAUUUGUAUAAUAUCUCUCGUUUUGCCUCUUCCUCUUCCUCUUCCGCAGGCAUCUGGCAUCGGCCAUCUAUCUCUUCUCCGUCCUACCCCUCGCCACCUUAACUAGUCCUACUCUCGACACAUCUCCUAGGAUUGUCAGAUAUGCUUGCGCCCCUCCCCUCACUCGAGGACUACGGCAUCUCCCCCGUCACAGGCUUCCUCCCAGAAGAAACCCCGCUGCAGAGGCUACCAGACCCUUACUAUGCAAAAUGGGAGUCCAUUGUCACCAACCUCCAGGCCUUGCUGCUCAGCCAUCGGUUGCGGCCUACCAUUGAUAACAUGCCAAUUCUCUCGACCGCGAAACUGAAAUCUGAACCGGAAUGGCGGAGAGCGUAUGUUUUGUUGGCGUUCAUGCUGCAUGCCUAUAUCUGGGGUGGUGAUUCUCCGGCUGAGAUAAUCCCCCAAUCCAUCUCAAUCCCCCUCCUCAAAAUCUCCGCACACCACGAACUUCCCCCCGUGGCCACAUACUCCAGCCUAUGCCUCUGGAACUACAAGCCCAUUUUCCCCGAAGAACCGGCCGACAACAUCGAAAACAUUACUUCGCUCUUCACCUUCACUGGCUCCCUGGACGAACAAUGGUUCUAUCUAGUCUCCAUCGCCAUGGAAUCCCACGGCGCCUCCACCAUCCCCCUAAUGCUCAACGCCAUCGCCGCUGCCCGCCAAAAUAACACACAGCUAGUCAUUGAAUGCCUACGGACAUUCGCCCAACGUAUCGACGAGAUCUCAGACAUCCUGCAGCGCAUGUACGAGAACUGCGACCCCCACGUCUUCUACCACCGCAUCCGCCCCUUCCUGGCCGGCAGUCGAAACAUGAGCGACGCAGGCCUCCCGGACGGCAUCAUCUACGAUGACGGCACCGGCUCCCAAACCCGCCACUACUACAGCGGCGGCUCCAACGCCCAAAGCUCCCUAAUCCAAUUCUUCGACAUAGUCCUCAACAUCGAGCACCGCCCUACGGGCGAAAUGCGGAACAAGAACCCCGAUCGGGAGGAGCUCGGCUCCUCCCCCCCAGGGUUGGACGAAGGCAGCAGCCAGGCCCCGCCCAACAAGCGCCACAACUUCAUCAUGGAGAUGCGCUCGUACAUGCCGGGCCCGCACAGACGCUUCCUCGAACACGUCGCCAGCGUCGCUAAUAUCCGCGACUACGUCCUGAAACACAGCGCCGACAGCGCCCUCUGCGCCGCCUACGAUUCCUGCCUGGCCGUCCUCCGCGCUAUGCGCGACAAACACAUCCAGAUGGUCUCGCGGUACAUCAUCAUCAAAGCGCGCGAGGCGCGCGUACACCACGACAGAUCUGCCAGUAGUCCGCGUGCGGCCCCUGGCGGCGCCGGAAAGGCCCGCGCGGUCAACUUGGCCCGUCCCGUGGCUGCGACUGGGGAUGGCGUGGUUGUUGCGCCGGCCUCGGGGAGUGGAGGCGGAAGCAAGAGCCUGCGGGGAACAGGCGGGACUGCGCUGAUUCCGUUCCUGAAGCAGGCGCGCGAUGAAACGGGCGAGCCGGCUGUGGGGUUGCUGGUGAAGGAGUUGGCGAAGCACGGGCCUGCAAGGGCGACUAGGAGGUAACCCAAAAUGAACCAGAUGGGCUUUUGCAGCAUAUAAAUAAAUAGAACUAAAGUCUGUUGAGACUUGCGGGGUCAAGAGCAACAGACGAGAAUGAGGAUGAAAGCUGAUGUUGGGGUCAUCGGCACCGUGCGUCACUGCUGGUGGGUGACAUUGGAUUGGAUUGGAUUUUUGAUGGUUGUAAAUGAUGAGCACUUUGUUUUUGUUUUGGAUGUUCUUCUUUUCCCCUUCCCCCCCCCCCUUUUUUUUUUUCUAAUAUAGACGUUACAUUUGUCUCAUGUCCAUGUACGC